CCGACAGCCCCGCGGAGCAAUGGGAGACAUCGGGGAGGAGGUGCUGCCGGAGGGCAAGAACUUCCGACUGGCCACCGCCGACGAACUGCCCGCGCUGCUCGACUUCCUUGAGAAGCACCUGCCGCACUCCCUCAAGUUCCACCAGACGCUGCGCACCUACAUGAACGACCGCGUCUGGGACUUCCACUUCUACGUCAGCAAGACGUGGCCCGACCAGCCAGUGUGCCUGCACUUCCCUGGGAUGACCAAUUCGCCGAACGGGCGGCUAUACGAGAGCUUCUCGGUGUUCUGCCCGGCGGACCGCCUGGAGGAGCUGUCGCUGCUGGAGGAGGAGGACACGCUGCUGGACUGGUCGCAGCCGCUCUAUCUCAACUUCACGCACAGCGACAUCGUCGACCGUCUGGAGGCCUUCUACAGAGACAUCGGCACCGUCGAGAAGGUCCACGGCGACCUCUACGUGUACGAGCCGCCCGCCACCGCAGACGCCGCCCCCAACGAACCCAUCGAAGAGCUGAAUGCAGAGGAGGCCGAGGUGCGGCAGCUGAGCCCGGAACAUGCUGAUGCCAUCCACGACUUGUACCCCGCAAAUGACCUCGAGAGCAUCGAGGUGUUCCGCCGGCUGCUGUCUGCGCUACCUGCCUAUGGAGUAUUCUCGGCAACAGGCGAGCUGGCUGCCUGGAUGGUGCAGUCCUACUAUGGUGCCAUGUUCUCCAUGCAAACACGGCCAGAGUUCCGACGCAAAGGUUACGGCCUGAUACUGGCUCGCCGGCUGUCAGCAGCAGUUGCCAAUCGUGGCUACCAGCCCUUUGUCGUCAUUCGACCCGAGAAUGAUGCUUCGCUGGGAUUGUACGCCAAGCUGGGCUUCCGGAGGAGCUACUCGACAGUGCGAGUCAUCUUCCGGCCGCACGCAGCAGCUCGUGACAACAGCUAGGCCACUGCAGUCGUCGACGCCACGUCCCCCUCCUCCGUCACCUGCUUCACCCUGCGUCUUCGCCCUGCCAUGCCCUGGGCACGGCUAGCACCGACGUGCCUUUAGCUGCCCUCGCACUUCCAGAGAUAAAGACUUUCUGCCCCAACACCUCUAGUCAGCCACAUUUAGCGCCUAGCAUAUUACCUGUAAAGAACACUGAGCCAUUUGCUGCACUGUAGUACCUGACUUUGCUUCUGUGAUGUUUGGCUACAUCAAGACAUACUGCAGCAAACCUGCAUUUUGACUGGAGAGAAGCAGCUGAGCAACUGGCAAAUGACAGUGCACCAGUCCUCUGUUUUGUUCUGUAGGAGGAGUGGUACUUCUGUGCUGGUAUAACAUUUAAAUCUCCCAGUAGUAGGAACAUUUAAAAAAUUUCUCUGCACUGACUGCCAUACAGUUGACAUAAAAGCUGUGUUCUGUGCCAUUUUUGCUCUGGCGACAAUAUUAGUAUUUGCUGAUAAUUUUCAUAUUCAAUAGCCUCAAUUUCACCAUUCAAAUAAAAUAUUGGAAACGUCAUCUCCCUAUUCUGUGUUGCUGCAUUGGUAAGUUCCACUAUUAUUUGACAGUGAUGAGCUGUGAUACUCUGUAUCUAAGCUGCUUACUGGAUUAUCACAAUCAGUUAAAAGUACAUCUGAUUCAUUUAUUUAAAACUGCACAAUGAUUUCCACAGUUGCUGGUGGGCCACAUGUCAAUGUCCCUGCUUCUUGUAAUUUUAACAUGAUUCUUAUAAACAGUAUAGAGUAUGUCGUUGUUUCGACCAGAAGAUAAACAAUGUUCAAAAUGCAUCAUCAAAAUUGAAGAAUAAACAGCAUGUGACUAUUUGUUACAGUGUAACAUAUAGUUCUUAGUUUAUGUCCCAGCAGUGGACGCUGGAACACAAAUAUAACUGAAGAUGUCCUCGUAUCAUCUCAUCUUCAGACUGAAAUGUAACUCUAAGCAUUUACAAAUCUAAUGAAAUGUGACAUAAAACAGACUUCACAACUGGUACCACUCUUUGGAGCAUGUUAAGAACAGGUCACUUUGUGUCUGUAACUAGGACAGAAGAAAACUGCUGUUUGCUGUAAUGAAUCUUCUGGUAAUGUGGACUGAUGAAUGUGCUUUCUUGGUGGUUAAUAAAUCACACUACCAACU